CGCAGAUGAUUUUUGCAUAAACGUUUAUUUAUGCUAAUUGCUUUCCGAUCGUAGAAAAUUUUGCAAGCACAUUUCAUCAUUUUGAACAAAUACAGUUAUAAUAAUAUAGUUGAAAUUCGUCUAAAAUCUUUCUUAAGUAACCAUAUUUUUGUUAAAAUGUGACCAGUCUCAACUAGAUGAUAAGACAAAAGAAGGAUACAAUAUACAAUUUGCACAGCUGGUCGAUAUGGAUCCUUCGCAUUUCUUCUUCAAUGAAGCGAUAAGUACGGGUCUUAUGAUCUAUGAGGAAUAUCUUUGGACUCGCGGAUUGAUGAAAGGAAUGAUAUGGGUCGCCGAUGUCACGGGCAUCACAACAGGACACGUGGGCCGUAUAAACCUACCAAUCUUAAAGAAAUUAAUAUACUACGUACAAGAUGCCUUACCAAUACGCCUGAAAGGAAUACACAUAAUAAAUACGUCGCCAAUAGUCGAAGUGAUAUACAAUAUGGUGAAACCUUUCAUAAGUGCGGAAUUUAUAAAUUUGGUAGAAAAAGCAUUUUCAACUUUUUAACAAAUGAUUUCUCCUCGAUAAAAUUAUCAUUCUGAUCUAGUUCGCUACUGUUAGCGAGUAGUGAUGAAAUGGCGCGAUAUACGGAGUGAUUCAGGGCCUAUUCAGGAACAAUCUUCAGGGAAUUUUACGUCUAUCUCACCAAGAGUAUCAAUCUUGUCGAGGAACUCGUGUCCUCAUAUGCGUACCU